GGAAGUUUGGGAAGUAAAGGAAAGUAGAGAAACCAGAUUUGGAGAAUUUAGUUGGUAAAAGAUGGAAAAGGAGAACAGUUCCCCUUGGGAAAUGGGGUUGCUGAGAACAUUUGACUCCAGUGAAUUUGUUAGCUGGGAGAAGAUCGGUUCAGGGGGAUUUGGACAGGUUUACAAAGUACGACACAUUCACUGGAAAACAUGGCUUGCAAUCAAAUGUUCCCCAAGUCUUCAUGUAGACGAGAAAGAGCGUAUGGAACUUUUGGAAGAAGCCAAGAAGAUGGAAAUGGCCAAGUUUCGCUACAUUUUGCCUGUUUAUGGCAUUUGCAGAGAACCUGUUGGAUUGGUCAUGGAAUACAUGGAAACUGGGUCACUAGAGAAAUUACUGGCCUCGGAACCUUUACCAUGGGAACUCCGUUUUCGGAUCAUCCAUGAAACAGCAGUAGGCAUGAACUUCCUGCACUGCAUGUCUCCACCACUCCUCCACUUGGAUCUCAAACCUGCAAACAUAUUGUUGGAUGCACAUUACCAUGUCAAGAUUUCAGAUUUUGGAUUAGCCAAAUGUAAUGGCCUCUCUCACUCCCAGGAUCUCAGCAUUGAUGGACUUUUUGGUACAAUUGCUUACUUACCUCCAGAACGUAUAAAAGAGAAGAGCAGAUUCUUUGAUAUCAAACAUGAUGUGUACAGUUUUGCCAUUGUUAUCUGGGGAGUACUCACACAGAAAAAACCCUUUGCAGAUGAGAAGAAUAUUCUGCACAUUAUGGUUAAAGUAGUAAAAGGCCAUCGCUUGGAGCUACCUCCAGUUUCCAAAUCUAGACCUCGUGCCUGUAGUAACUUGAUUAGACUUAUGCAGAAAUGCUGGCAGGAUGAUCCCCAAAGUCGGCCAAGCUUUCAAGAAAUUACUGCUGAAACUGAAGACCUGUGUGAAAAACCUGAUGAUGAAAUAAAAGAAACAGUCCAAGACCUGGACAUAAAACACCCCCAGGAGCUAAAAACUGAGGCAAUGUCUAUCCCAGCUCAGUUUAAGGGUACAUCUACACCAACAUUUGAUAAAGACUACAGUCUUUCAGAGCUACUGUCCCAGUUGGACUCUGGAAUUUCUCAGACUAUAAAACACUCAGAAGAGCUGAGCCGUAGUUCCUCUGAAUCUAAACUUGCAUCUUCUAGCAGUGGCAAAAGACUUUCUGGUGUAUCUUCAGUGGAUUCAGCCUUUUCUUCCAGAGGAUCCCUAUCUCUCUCUUUUGAACGAGAGAAUUCAACAAGUGAUAUUAGUACAACUGAUAUCCAGAAAAGAAAACUUGCAGAAGCAAUCAUGUCUGGCGAUACUAGCAAGCUGAUGAAGAUCCUCCAGCCCCAGGAUGUUGACCUGGUCCUUGAUGGGAACUCCAGCCUCCUCCAUCUGGCAGUGGAAGCAGGUCAGGAGGAAUGUGUCAAGUGGCUCCUUCUGAAUAAUGCCAACCCCAAUCUCACCAACAGAAAGGGCUCAACCCCUCUUCAUGUGGCCAUAGAAAAGAGAGUCAAGAAUGUUAUUGAACUUAUUCUGGCCAGGAAGAUAAAUGUCAAUGCCAAGGAUGAAGACCAGUGGACAGCUCUGCACUUUGCUGCACAAAAUGGGGAUGAAUCCAGCCUCAGGCUCCUGCUAGAUAAGAAUGCUUCCUUUAAUGAGGUCGAUUUUGAGGGGAGGACUCCUAUGCACAUUGCCUGUCAGCAUGGGCAAGAGAACAUUGUGCGCAUCCUUCUGAGGAGGGGUGUUGAUGUGACCCUCCAAGGGAAGGAUGACUGGAUGCCUCUGCACUAUGCUGCAUGGCAAGGUCACCUACCCAUUGUGAAGCUCCUCGCCAAACAGCCAGGUGUGAGUGUGAAUGCACAGACCCUGGAUGGGAGGACCCCACUACACCUGGCAGCCCAGCGAGGCCAUUACCGUGUGGCACGAAUUCUCAUUGACCUACAGUCAGAUGUCAACAUCCCGAAUCUGCUCUUGCAGACUCCCCUCCACAUUGCUGCAGAAACUGGGCACACGAGCACUUCAAGAUUACUUCUCAACCGGGGAGCUGAGAAGGAAGCCAUGACAGCAGAAGGCUAUACUGCCCUUCAUUUGGCUUCCCAAAAUGGACACCUUGCCACUGCUAAGUUGUUGAUGGAAGAAAAAGCUGAUAUCUUAGUUGGGGGCCCCCUUAACCAGACAGCCCUCCAUCUUGCUGCUGCCAAUGGGCAUUCUGAAGUGGUGGAGGAACUCCUUACUCCAGAAACCAUAAACCUUUUUGAUAAUGAUGGACAUACUGCACUGCACUUGGCAGCCCAGGGCAGGCAUGCAAAGACUGUGGAGAUCUUGUUAAAGCAUGGGGCACAUAUCAAUUUUCAAGGCCUCAAAUUUCAAACCAGUCAACAAUUGGUGGAACAACGUGAAAAUGGUCCAAUUGCCACAUUGUUACGUCGAAGUAAGACUUAGAUUGGUCCCUAAUGAGUCUUUGUCUUAUGUCUCAAUCUGUAGGGUGAGGAAGGGCCUUAUUCGGGGUUCUUGCCACAUUCUUUUGUUAGUAGAGUGAGAGAAUGUUAAAUAGCUACCCAGCUAUAAACAACUUGUCUCAGGAAUUCAGGUAUCAUUGGCCAAGGAUGGAUAUAAGAAAAUGAGUGUCCAAACCAUCAGCAAUGUAGUCACCAUUUUUUUUCAUUGUAAACUUUUCUUUGGGCAUGUAAUCUGUUACCAUGGAAAAGUUAGUGGAGUCUUAUCUGAAGUGAUGCUGGUUGGAGUGUCUUUUGGCUCCUUACAUUUAAGCGGAUCAGUGUGCUAUGUGUGAGAGAUGAUAUACCUACAUGAUAGGUCUUUCAGUUUCUACCUUGGUAUGUUUAUGAAACACUGGUAACUAAGUUACGUACAACAUUAAGAUGUCUAUACUGAAAAGAUGAGCUCUCUGAUCACUCAUUGUAGACAUGGGGUGUGGCAGGAAUGAUAGGUGAUUUGAUAUCAAACUAUGUAAUUGUAAGACAAAAUCUUGGAUGUGUUGGAAUAAGUCUCUCUAUGCCUCCAGUUUAUUUGAGUUCUGGCAUACCAGUGUUCUAGCAGACUCUCAAAGAGUGUAAGUUGCAGAGAAGGUGGUGACCGGAGGAAACUUCUUCACCUGGGAGUUCCCUAUACUGAUGAAAUUAGAGGUCAAGUCCCUAUGUUGAUUCCAUGUUGUAAAUAGUGGUUGUAUAUUUUGUAAAGAUUUAAUGUCAGUUUCAGUAAAUAUGUAAUGGUAUGUUUUACAUUGUUUCUAGGAUAACAAAAGAAAAAAAACAGAAAUUUAUAUUUUCUAAAAGUAGAGUAUAAUCCAUGAACUACUUACUAUAUUAAGUCAAUAGUAUAAUGAGACUUAAAACAAAAAAAAUCAGAAUUUAUAUUCAAAUGAGCUGCCCUUCAAAGUUAGUCACUCUAGACAAGACUCCCAAACAGUCCACAAAUGCUUAUUCCAAUGAAAAUGCAUCACUUUUUUCAUUUAAUUUUCUUUUAAAUGAAAACAGUAUUAUCCACUUUUGAACAUCUACUUUUCCCUUCUGAUUUGCUCCAAAUGAUUUUUGGUUAAAGUGAGUGAUUUUAUAAGGCUUUUAAUCUGUUUCAGAAGGCUGCUUCAAAAGAGGAAUUCCUAAAAUUGCAGCAUCCUUGGAAUAAUGUAAUUUUUCAUCAGACAAACUCUUUAAAUGAAAACAUUUCUUAUUUGGAUAUAUAAAUUUUGACAUUUGUUUAAAAGCCAGUCUAAUUUUUUUAAAUCAGUCUCAUUGGAAAAGUUUUGUUAUAGCAAGACAAACAAGGUUAUUAUAGGACUUGCCUCAGUGUAUAUUCAUCCUACUUAGAAUGAACUGGUGUGCAAUGUAUUGAUAAAUGUUAAUAUACUAUGUAUACUUUUACUGGAUGUAUACAUAUUUUCUGUGAUAGGAAAUAUCUGAACUGUUUAGAACUGGCUAUGUUUUAAUAUGCCCCCUUCCUUUUUGUUUUUUAAAGCUUAGAUAACAAUAAAGUUUAUUACUGCUUUAUUUUGAUGUCUUA